CGCGACUUUUUACCCGCGACCAUUAGUCAAACUCAUUGUAUUGACAUAUUACUGUUGACAUUGCUUUUUGGCACUAGUCUUCAAUAUUUAAGCGAGUCAUGAUUUGGAAAUGACAAUAAAUUUCUAUUACCCAUCCCUUGAAUUGUUUUGUUUUUUAUUUACCCAACAUUUUACUCACUCAAAAUAUUGUUUACCCAACCCUUUUCUCUUCGAUGCCACCUUUAGGCCAGUGGUCCGAAUUUUGGACACACUGGGGAAUGUUAAAAUAAAGCUCUGAGACAAUUCUGUUAUACAAAAUUUUAAUUACACUGGAAUGCAAUCCUUUGAUGGUUAAAUCCCGUUUCAAAAAUACACCCCCAUCUACAACGGAUCAGAACAUGCAAGAUUUCCGGUGUCGAAAGGGAAAUUGCUUGCAACGUGUUGGCAUAUUGAUAAGGAAAUCCUAUUCGAGUGAGUCGAAACAAGGGAUAAGGUUUUAUAAACUGUUUAAUCUUGAAUUUCGGGGGUAGUUUAGUUAUAUAAACAGAGACAAGAUCGAAAGAUUGGCAAACUGCGUUAGACAUUGAAGAGGUGAACAAAGUAUCUUGCGGAUAAAAUAAAACAAUUUGAAGACUUGUCUUUGGUAGCCAAUCUUUCAAAGGAACUCGAUACAGUGAAGAAAACAUAUUCAAGGCAGCAAAUUUGUUCUAAGACUCGCGAAAGAAAAAACAAUUAUUGAGUGUUCUCUAGGACUUUGAAGCGUAACAGGACAAAACAAGAAAACUCGAGCAUUCCAGAGUCGGAUUUCCAUCCACUCAGAAGUAAAAACGAACUCUUCAAUACAAUAACUCGAAAGAGGAAACGAAAUAUUGAACAGAAGAACAAGGUCGAAAGUCUCUCCACUCAGAGCAGUAAACAAACGAUCUUCAGGACAGCAGAAGCGUUUUAAGCAACUAAAACGAACCAUUCUAGACAGCAAAAGCUUUCUAGGACUGAAACGCGAUAACUAAUUAUUACUCAUCAACAAGCGUUCUAAGACUCGAAAGGGAAAACGAACUGUUCCAAACAAUAAAACUUAACAAGCGUUCUACACGACUCGCAAAGGAAAAUUAACUACAAGACCCUGUAGGGACAAAGACCCUGUAGGGACAAAGACCCUGUGGGGACAAAGAACGAUUCAUUAUUCAAGACAUCAAAAGAGUAAAGAACUACCAACAGGGGUCUAGAAUUCAGAAAGGGAAGAAAGACAUUUCAGACAACAGCAAUCUUUGAGAAUGUGGUGUCAACGAAUUCUAUUUCUCGUAAUUUGCUGUAUGGCAGCGUAUGGCGACUACCUUAUUGCAAGACCGAAGGAAUCUGAUGUGGAAAUCCCCGAGUCUUUGGAAGAGCUUGAGAAGACAUUUCCCCAUGGUUCUGAUUGGAUGAGGCUCCUGAGAGCUUCAAGUAAGUUUCUUAUUCAUUUUAUGUUAGACUGUGUAAAUACCGAGAACGAGAGAUGUAUAUGUGUAGCGUCCGAGAGCUGUAUACAUUCCAGUCACAGAAUAGAGACCUUAAGUCUGGUUUCCAUAUGGUCGUAAAGGUCGUAAAGAUUGAGUCACAAUCUUUCUCAUCAGCCGAAAUACAACAUUUUAGAACUGACAAUACGUGGUGUGAUCAACCGUUUCCAUACUUCUAAAUGGGUACUUAACCAAUAUUCUAAAUUUUAGAAUGCGGGUAGUACCCAUGCUGGGUAUAUACCUGAGCAAUCCUAACCCUAACCGCUAAAGUGGUUUUCCAAACCCCACCAGCCGCCAGUGUUGGUUAGUUAUAUUUAUAAGUAAAACUUUUGCCAAAUGCUUGUGGUUUUGUCUUCAGUCGAAGUAGGUCAGGUAUAUACCUAGCAUGGGUAUUACCCGCAUUGUAAAAUUUAGAAUAUUGGUUAAGUACCCAUUUAGAAGUAACGAAACGGGUGGUGUGAUUAUAACUAGAGAAUACUUUUAUGUGGUUUACAUGUAUAAACUAUUAUUCUACUAUAUUACGUUCUAUUAUUACGACCAUAUGGAAGCCAGACUUACUAACAGAAGACUGAGAUCUUGGUUUGCCUAUGAUUUUGGCGUAACCGUUGAAAUGCUAUCGCUAUCUCCUGAAAAUAUUCAAAACGGUGGACGUUCAGGGGAGUGAAUGCCUCUCGUAAAGCAGUGCGAUUAGAAACACGGUGGUUACGUUUUUGGCUGAGUCCGCCUUCUGUGAGUUCUCUGUCCUGUGUCACAGAGCUCUUGGUAAUUCAUGGUUGAGGAGAUUUUCCAAAAAUAUUUUGUCUAUUUCGUUAAUUUUGGACAGAGAUUUUGCUAUAGAGCUGUCCUCAUUUUUUGUCCUUCAUUUGUCUAAUGUGAUAUUCAUAGAGCUUUAUGCUAUAUGCAACUGCUGUAUAUCAAAGAAAACUGACUCAAUCAUGAAAUAAUUGCCAUUAUUAGCUUCUGGAUCAGCUUUGUAUAAGGGUUGCGCAUUUCUCCGAAGUCUCAGUAUGUGUGAAGAUUUUUUUAGUUCAGCCGAUCAGCACGUUUUAAGCCAAUAAGAUUACCUGUAUCUUGUAUUACAAUCAAUCAAUAAGAGAUGAUCCUCUACCAGGAAGAACAGUGUAGAAUAUCCAGUAAUAAAUUAUGUUAGUUUAGGUUUCGUCCUGUAGUAAUACUGGAUCAAUAAGAGAUGAUUCUUACUGGACCUCUAGGAAGAACAGUUUAGAACUGAUAGAGCUAUCCAGUAUAAAUAAAGUUAGUUUAGUUGAGGUUUCCUCCUGUAGUAACACUGGAUCAAUAAGAGAUGAUCCUCACUGGACCUCCAGGGAGAACAGUUUAGAACUGAUAGAGUUCUCCAUUAUAAAUAAAAUUAGUUUAAUUUAGGUUUCCUCCUGUAUCACACUGGAUCAAUAAAAGAUGUCAUUGAUCCUUACUGGACCUCUAGGGAGAACAGUUUAGAACUGAUAGAGCUAUCCAGUAUAUUAAAUAAAGAUAUAUUUGUUUAGUGUGGUAAUUAAUAAUGAUAUUAUAUUAUUUUAGGCGCCAUCGCGAAAUACGGAGCUCUCAAAUUAAUAUUCCGCAACCCCCCGGACAAAUCGAACGAAAUCGUUUUGGAGAAAUCCAUCUUCCUAUAUCUACCCCACCAGGAAAACGUACCCAACACCAAUUACAGAGUAGAUAUCCGGGAUCUUUUUACCGGUCGGGUAAUUGCCCACAAAUUCCUGUCGAUCCAAAAUUCCGGCUGGUACAAAGUAUUGCUGAACCGCUGGCUCGAAGAUUCACGUCGCGGGCUCGGAUUGAUAUCGGCCAAUCACGGGCUAGAGAUUCGGCUCCGACAGAAAGGCGGGAAAAAAUUCGACUUUGAAGAAUUCUACAAAAGCAAUGAAAAUUUAAGUCAUAAAUUCUUGCCUUCCUUGUUCAUAUAUUAUAAAAAUAUGAGACCAAUGUCCAUAAAAGACUUGUUCAAUUUUACAGACGAAAGUUUGGGAAAAUUACACACAAAUUUACCUGCAAACCCGCGUCUGACGAAGCGAAGCACUUUGAAUACUACAUGUAGUUACACCGUACAGGACAUGCUCACUAAUUUGAAUUUGUCCACCAUUAAGCCUGUCCGUUAUUACCCUAAUGCUACGAAAGUUUGUACCGGAAGUUGUUCCCCAAAGAGUGCUUCAACUCCGAGUACUUCAAGCCAGAGUACUUCAAGUAUUAAAAAGUGUGCUCAAAAAGUCCAAGAUUGCUGUGUGCCAAGCAAAAGGCGAGCAUUUAUCAUGUUGUAUAUGGACGACAAGAAUAUCCUUGCAUUGAGCGUAUUUCCUGAUGUGAUCGUCGAGAAAUGCGCAUGCGCAAGUUCGAUUGUUAAAGGGACUGGUAACAAGGGCUGAACCAUAAUAUUCGCGUAGACUCAUAGUUCAUAACUGUUGUCUAUUUUUCCAUUAAUAGCCAUAGUUUAAACAGUGAUAGAGGAACAAUUGAUUGAAUGGGUUAGGGCUGGAACGUAGUGAGGGGUGUAUGUAUGGGGUGAAAUAACACCCAUCAUAAAGUAAAAUUGAAGUUCAAAGUUGGGCAUUUUAGGUAAAAUUUGAGUGAUACAAUUGUUACAUUUUGUAAAGUCAUAACUGAAAUAAAACGUUGUUAC